AUGGUCCCUAUCACCCACAUCUACCCCACAAUUAUUCGACAACCACCAUCAUCUCCGGCACUCCGUCAACUUUCCUACAUCUUCUCUGGCGUCAAAAUUGAUAACGACGUGGAGAAGCUUGAAGUAUAUUACAACCUAGAGGUUUCAAAUACGAAUAAUUUAAGGUAUAUGGUUGCUGAUGAGUUCGAUAAGGGGGAACUUAGGAAUGCAAGGUUGAAGGGAUUGAUGAGAAAGGUGCUUGGGAAGGAGUUGGACAAGUCGAAGGAUGUUACGAUGAGUAGAUGGGAUAAUCGAUGGCUGAAACGGGCGUAG